CAGGAUGUGUGAAUACAUGCAAAUGGUGGAUGAUGGGAUCAUGGGUCCAUGGUGGCGGGUGGCGCAACAUCAACCUUACAUUUUGGCAUAUUUUGGCAAUGUUUAGAAUCAACGCCCAGUGUUUCAACAGUUCAACAUGAUUCAACAUGUAUGGACUGCAGGUAGUGUUGCAGGUUCCUUGUAAUGGUCGUGCCAUGUCGUGCCCAGCUACAGCAGAGCAUUUGAAAUCUCUCGUCGUGAAGGGAUACACUGAUGAAAGAUACAUUUGCUUUUGAGCUGUCGGAUAAUGCCACCACCGUUUCAAGAACUCUUGGCUCUGAGCAUGAUGCUAGGCGGUGGGGGAACAUAGAAAGAAUCUCCCGUACUGUCCUGUGCCUUGAAUUCUUGGUGCAGCUUUUCAGAUUGAUUCUUGACGUCCCUCUUGAAGAAUUUUUCAUGUUUUUCUAUGAGAUUUCCGUCCACGCGGGAUGUGUGAAUACUUGCAUGUGGCAGGUCGUGGAUGGUGGAUGGCGCAACAUCAUUCCUACAUUUCGCUGGCAUCAACGCCAGUAUUGCAACAUGUAUGGACAUGUUUUUUUACGUCGAACUCUUGCAGAUGAGGAUUGAAACAGCCGGCUUCGACAGUUCCAAAAUGCAAUGCCAAUGGUUCCUUGCCCAGCUGAAGCGUUUUGGGACAUGACAUGACCUGUUAAUGGGUUUGACGAUGCGACAUUCAUAGUUGGCAAGGUCGUGACGCUGAGCUGGGAUCUUCCCGUGCAAUUCAAAGGCCCACAGUUUGCUGAGGGAACAUGCUUUUUUUGAGCUUCCACGUUUUUCUCAAUUUGCUUUGUUUUCUCAAAUUCUCUUUGGUGUCUGUGGAAAGCCGUCAAGAUUGCAUAGCUUUGGUGUUCAGUCAGUAUGCAGCAAAAGGCGGUUGUCAACAUUCAAACGCUGGGUAUAUACCCUACGUCAACCGGACUUUAUCACCCUGCUGAUAGCCAAGUUGUGAAGAUUCAGUCACGUUUCAACACCAUUGAUCGGGCUCCGUGAUCUUUUCCAAGCGCCCGGUACUUUUUCUGUCUCCAACAUGAACAGCAAAGAGCCCAUUUUUAAUUCCAUGAGAAUCUGGAAUCUCUCCUGUGUGAAGAGAUAUGAUGAAAGAUGCAUCUGCUUUUGCGCUGUCAGAUGAGUUCCCGGCACCCCCGGACCUUGAGUUCAGUCGGGAUUUGGAAUGUCCAGGAUCGACGUGUGAAUUUCUACCUCCGCAUGUCAAAGCUUGAAGCCACUGUGCUGAAUGUCCGUGCUCGUGAACAGCUGUCCAAUGACUUUGAUUUGUCAAGCGUUGCUCCGACACAGGAGGCGGAUUCUCUGCAGUCGGGCAGCUUGCCGUGUGCAAAGUAGCGCUCAAGCGUUCUCUUGCAUGCUCCUUGUGCGGGAAGGGUGGCCGCAGCCAGCCACGCGCUGUCCAAGGAUCAAGCGCAAGCCUGACCAUCUGUCCACCGUGGACGCAUCGCUUUCUUUGUGCGGUUGUUAUUUUGGCCUUGGUGGAAGCACUGCGAAAAGGCCUUGCUAGAAGUCUGGGCACAGGGCCGGUGCUGAGAUGAGUCUAAAUCGUGACUUGCUUGGUAAAUUUGCUGUGCAACAGUCAGUCAAGUUCUGCGACAGUUUGACGGUGUGACCCGUCAGCGGUCCCGGCCCUGUCUGUGUUGCAGGGCAAACCUGGCUAGAUCCGCGCACAGGCGAUCGUGAGGCCAUCAAGAAAUGGAGACGACGUGAAACCAAAAGAUUUUGCG